CGCGUGCGCACAUGCGUGCGCAGCUUUAGCAGCGUUUAGCUUCCGUAAACUCCGACUGUUCCUCCAAAUGUGCCGCUGUGAGUCACCGGGCAGAUCUGCCCUUGGAUAACGCUGUAAAUACGCUUCAGGCCUAGUGUGGUCGCAGAGGAGGAUGGUGUCAUACAAGCGUCUGGACCCAGAGCAGGUGCGCUUCUCUGGGGGGGCCUUCAGCGAUGAGAGGCCACCGGUUUACGAGGAGACUGCCGUCCCAGAGCAAGAGGAGGCCCCUCUGAUGCACUGGACUCGCCGCUGCUCCGUCACUAGAAGCCUGUUUGUGAUUGGAUGUCUGCUGCUGCUCCUGUUGGGGGGCUGGCUCCUGGGAACCAGAUACUGGCUCCUCUCCUCCCCCUCCUCCUCACUCCCCCACCAUCCCCCUGCUCCCGCUCCAGGCAGAGGCUCUAACCCUAACUCCACAGCCCCCUCCAGUGCCCCUGCUCCCCCCAGAGAAGGCUGCACGGUGGUGCCAGAGACCUGGAGGUUUGACUGUUACCCGGAGAGAGGGGCAAUCGUGACCCAGGAGAUUUGUGAGUCCCGGAACUGCUGCUUUGUCCCUGGGCGCACCGGGCAAGACGGGGUGCCCUGGUGCUUCUACCCCCCAGACUUCCCCUCGUACUCCCUGGUGUCCAUGCAGCCCACCCCCCUGGGGCAGAAGGGCGUCCUGCAGAGGCAGCACAAGACCUACUACCCAGGAGACAUCAUGAGGCUGCAGCUGGAGGUGUUUGAAGAGACCAACUCACGCUUACAUGUCAAGAUCACGGAUGCUUCCAGCCCCAGGUAUGAGGUCCCCAUAGAGGUCCCCUCUGCCACAGAGAGGGCCCAGACUCCAGAGUAUGUGCUGGAGCUGUCCAAAGAGCCGUUUGGAGUCAUCGUGAGCCGAAGAUCCACUGGAGCCGUUCUUGUGAACACCAGCGUGGCUCCUCUCCUGUACACAGACCAGUACCUGCAGAUGUCCAGCUCUCUGACCUCUCAGUACAUCUACGGCCUGGGAGAGCACCGCUCCUCCUUCCAACACGACCUCCAAUGGAACACACUGACCAUGUGGGCGCGCGAUGUGCCUCCUACGGAGAAGACCAACUUGUACGGCGUGCACCCGUUCUACCUGGGCCUGGAGGAGGGAGGGCUGGCUCAUGGAUUCUUCCUGCUCAACUCCAACGCCAUGGAUGUGGUGCUGCAGCCUGCUCCUGCAAUCACCUGGAGGACCAUCGGAGGGGUGCUGGACUUUUACCUGUUCCUGGGCCCGGAGCCAGCCUCAGUGGUGCAGCAGUACCUGGAGGUUGUUGGACGCCCAGCCAUGCCCAUAUACUGGGCCUUGGGCUUCCAUCUCUGCCGCUGGGGCUACAAGACCAGCAACGCUACCUGGGAGGUGGUCAAGAGCAUGAGGGACUAUGGUAUACCUCAGGACGUCCAGUGGAAUGACAUAGACUACAUGGAGCGCUGCCUGGACUUUACCUAUGACCCAGUGAACUUUAACACUCUACCCGAGCUGGUGAAAGACCUGCACGCCCAUGACCAGCGCUACGUCCUCAUACUGGACCCAGGCAUCAGCAGCACCCAACCCCCGGGAGAAUACUGGCCCUACGAUGAAGGCCAAAAGAGAGCAGUGUUCAUCAGAGAUGCAGAUGGGAAUACACUCAUCGGGAAGGUGUGGCCUGGUCUCACAGCAUACCCAGACUUCUCAGAUGAGGCCACACAUGAGUGGUGGUUCGAGAACAUCCAGCGUUUCUACAGGAAGGUCCCCUUUGACGGCUUGUGGAUCGACAUGAAUGAACCCUCCAACUUCCUGGAUGGCUCUACAAAUGGCUGCCCCUCCAACAGCUUAGAGAACCCUCCAUACACACCAGGUGUGCUCGGAGGUCUGCUGCGCUCCAAAACAGUGUGUGCCAGCGCCCAGCAGAAGCUCUCCUCUCACUACAACCUGCACAGCUUGUACGGCCUGCAGGAGGCCAGGGCUACCUCUAGCGCACUGAGGCGGCUCCUGGGGAAGCGUCCCUUUGUCAUCUCGCGCUCAUCCUUCCCUGGACAGGGACAGUACUCUGGACACUGGCUCGGAGACAACCGCAGUAACUGGAAGGACAUGGCGGCCUCCAUCGCAGGUAUCCUGAGCUUUAACCUGCUGGGCGUGCCUCUGGUGGGGGCAGACGUGUGCGGCUUCAGUGAGCAGACAGACGAGGAGCUGUGUGUGCGCUGGACCCAGCUCGGAGCACUGUACCCCUUCAGCCGCAACCACAAUGCCAUGGACAGCCCAGCUCAGGACCCCUCAGCCUUCAGCCCCUCUGCUCGCGCUGCCAUGAGAUCAGCCCUGCUCCUGAGAUACUCCCUGUUUCCUCUGCUGUACACGCUGUUCCACCAGGCUCACGCACACGGGCACACAGUGGCCCGCCCCCUGCUGUUCGAGUUUCCCCAUGACCCACACACCUAUGGGAUCGACCAGCAGUUUCUUUGGGGGCGGGGCUUACUGGUCACCCCAGUGCUACUUCCUGGUGUGGACUCUGUGCAGGGGUACUUCCCAGCUGGCCACUGGUACGAUUUCUACACGGGGAACAGCUUCCUCAGUGCUGGAGAGGAGAGGAGUCUACCUGCUCCUCUGGACAAGAUCAACCUCCACCUGAGAGAGGGCACCAUCACCCCCACACAGAGGCCUAACCUGACACUGUGGGUGAGCAGUGGGCAGCCCCUGCACCUGCUCUGUGCUCUGUCUGAGGAGGGAGACGCCUCUGGAGAGAUGUUUUGGGACGACGGGGAGAGCCUGGACACAUAUGAGAAUGAGCAGUACGCCUAUGUGCUCUUCAACAUUUCCAAGAACGUCCUGCGCUCUUCGGUGGUGCAUGCUCAUGUGGAGGCCUCUUACAUCACAGUAGAAUCCUCUUCGUUCUAUGGAGUUCAGAUCAGACCUGAGCAGGUCCUGGUCAACGGCCUGGAGGCCUCCUUCACCUAUGAGGACAACAAGGUUCUGACUGUAGCAGACCUGGGACUGAACCUCAACCAGAACUUCACCAUCAGCUGGAGCUAACUGCAGACCACAUACUCCACAUACUCACAGACUGACAUGGAAACAAGCAAACAGGAGGGGGCGCUCUACACUUUACCACACCAUCCGCUGGAGCUAGCCAGAGGAGCACAUACACGCAGGCUUCCAUGGACAUGAGCAACCAGGAGGGGGCGCUCUACACUGUACCGUACCAUCAGCUGGAGUGAACGUGCCUGUACAGGGUUUUAAGCAGUUUGUUCUGCUGUGAUAUUGCACCAUGACCCACAAACUACUGUCUGGGAACGUGUUUCCUCUUUACUGAGUAUGAUUAGUCCUUUUGGUCACUUUUUAAAAUGCAAUGUGACAGAGAAUCAUGUGUCCGGGAUUGUGUCAGAUAGUUGAUUUCUCAUGAUUCUUAGUAACAAUGUGCCUGAUUGGAUGAUAAAUGUGACGCUGUCAGUAGCUUCUGCAUUAAUCACUACUUGAGUAAAUAUUCAUAACUGAAUCGAUUAUACUUUACACUAAUCUUUUUCCAAACGAUGAAUGAUGGAAAGAGCGUUCAAAUUAGGUACAGUAGCGCUUUAAGCAGAGAUGUCAUGGAUACAACCAGCCAGGAGGGGGCGCUCUUACACUUUUACACAUGUUUGACAAAUACUUAAAGUGCAUAUGGCAGGUUAAAGUGCUUUUCACUAAACAUAGUUAACAUCAUUUUAUUUAAGAUUUCACUUCAAAUGACCUAGUUUCAUCUAGUUUUUAUAAUUUGAUUUUAGAGAGCAGAUGUAACAUACGAGGUCAUUCUGUAACUGUUACCUGGCAACUGUAAUGUAACCAAGGGCCAAAAUGUGUCCAAAUUACACAAUGUAGUACACAGUGAUUAAACUCACACAAAUAGAGGACAUCCUUUAUUUUGUUUAAACUGUCAAAGUGUUUUUGUGCGUGAAUUGCCUUUUUUUUUGCCAUAAAUUGUCACUUAACUGAUGUAAAACUAUGAUAAACAUUUAACGCAGGUACUAUCUAUGAAACCAAGUCAGAAUUUAAAACUUGAAAACCAGUCACAUGCAUUUUAAAGGGUCUAUAUUACAUAACAGUGACUCUUGUGAGCUUUUAGUCAUGUUAAAAUGCCGUUACCUCCUCAAAAACAGACCUGGAGUAAUCCUUUUUUAUUAGUCCGUCUACAUCUCCAAAGCUCAAAAUUCUCUUCCACCUUGCGAUGUCAUGUAGUGGUAUUUUCCAAGUCGGCAUCUACACUUUUACCUUUUGUUUAGCAGAGACUCGAAACUCCAGGGUUGAAAUUCGAGUGUAUGGAGUAAAAAUAAGUUGAGAGAUGAACUAAAUGUGCAGGUUUGUGUGUUAAACAUGUGAAUGAAACAAACACAACUCCAGGUGUGUUUGUGAUGAGGAAACGACAUUCAGACACAGAUCAGAAAAGAGCUUAAAGUGUUCCCUUUAAUGGUUGCGCCUGGUUGUUGUUUUCAUUAGUUUUGCUGAUAAGUGCAAUAUACCAAAAUGUGUUUCAUGUUUGAAGUAUGAGUUGAAUUUGUGUUCGCACUGAUCACACAUGUAGCUUUAACUGUCCCAGAGCCCAGCCCUGUGAGAGGAGGUCCUGUGACGUCCCCGUGAAGCUCACAGGCCUAUUUUUAUAACAGGGACUGCUUUUCUGGAUGAUUUGAGUGAGACACACUGCUGCUGCUCCUUCUGCUGCUGCUGCUUCAAAUGCCUUCGUACAUAUCCAUGUUUUACGGUGUGCAUGUCCCUGUACGACUCAUGUUUGAAACUUUGUGUUGCUGAUGAUUUGCUCAAAUGUUGAAAGUUUUAAUUUGUGUUUAAAAUAAAGUUUAAUUUUUAACAUG